CGGCCUCGCCGGGCCCACUGGAGAGAGCUGACACCCAGUCCUAUAAUCCUUAUGAGGGACCAACCUUGUGCCUCCGGGAGAUCCACGCUCCCUCCUGGAAACACGCGGGAAACCAGGCCUCCAAAAAAGCACUGCCUCCUAGCACCACGGUGGGAUUAUCCGGAAGGAACUCCCAACGGAGGUAGUAACCCUCUCCCCUCCGCACCUUCUCCUGCAUCACCCGGGCUGAAGUCGCACCCUCCUCCUCCGGAGAAGUAGUAGAAUAUACUUCUCACAUCGCAAACCAGUCUCAGAGGGAUUGGAGAAUGACUCCAUUUCCUUGGUAUAUUCAUAAAAUGGUUCACCCAGCGAGGACAAUGAAGAUUAUGGACACUGCUGCCCUGCUUUUUCUGAUGUCCUGCACCAGUCUUAUGAUAUAAUCAGCAUAAUUUCAUCUCCUGAAUUUGGAUGAAUUCUGGAAUAUAACCAAGAUCAGGUUGUAGACGUCUUAAAUUGAAGGCCAUGGCCUGGAUUCUGGUGAAUUCACUAAGGCAAACAACUCCUGUGAGAUGGUCCUGCAGCAUCCAUUGAGUACUAUCUUUGGUGACACCCAGUCUUUGUUGUGUAACUUUGAAUUCCUAUAAAUCCUUUAAGGUCCCAAUAAAUUUUGUUUCUCAUU